AUGCUCUCUCCACAAAUUGAAUGGAGUUGUUCUGAAUGUGAAUUCACAGUAGUUGAUCGACGAAAAUAUUGUACUGAUUGUCGUUCAAUGUUAACAUGGACAUGCAUUGGUUCAGGAAAAUCUGGUUUAUACACGCACUAUUAUCGUCAUCGUGACAAUUGUAAUUAUUGUACACCAGAACUUGAAGAAGAAAGACAACAAGAAAUGGAAGAGAAACGAAUUACUGUUCAACAACAAUUUCAAGUUUUGGAUGAUAAUCAACGUCCAUGGUCAGAAUGGAGACGUACUGAUGAAUCAUGCAAACAACAUACAGGACAUGAUAUUGAACAAAUACAACAACUAUAUUCUAUGUGCGAAGAAUCGCUUAUACGUUAUCGAUCUCAUAGAAAAGAACGAUAUACAGACGAUAUCACUAUACCGUAUCUUUCUCCUAUGAAUUUACUUGUGGUUACAUUAUGGUAUUUAAAACAUUACCAUUCUGAACGAUAUAUUUCCACGGAAUUAAAUUUGGGUCAAUCAACAGUAAAUUAUUUUCUGACAGAAGUUAUUGAUAUUUUACAUUCCUGUGUAUAUCCGGAAUUAAUUUCAUUACCUGUCAAUAUGGCUAGUAAACGAAUACCACAUGGACCUGAGCGACAUCAUAAAUUAAUAGUCGAUUCGACCUUUAUUGCAAUUCCUGAACCUUAUGAUUCAGAUCAACGUAAAGCAUAUUAUCAUGCAAAAAGUCCAACAAAUUAUGCAAUUAAAGUACAAAUAGCUUGCGAUUUCCAUCAUCGAAUAGUACACGUAUCCGCAUGUUAUCAUGGAAGUGUACAUGAUAUUACAGUUCUAAGAGAGUCGGGGCUAUUAGAACAUGUAAAUGAUUCUGUGCAAAUUAUUGCUGAUAAGGGAUAUGUUAGCGAAGAUUAUGUAAUAACUCCAAGAAAAAAACGACACGGACAAGAAUUAACAGACGAAGAUAAAAAUUUCAAUCGUGAUAUUAAUAGCGCAAGAGCAGCUAUAGAAAAUAUAAACCAACGUCUCAAAACUUACGGUAUUCUAGGUGGUGUUUAUCGAGGAGCGAUUGAUGAUUUUAAAAAAAUAACUAAAAUCACACAAGUCGUUUCUGCUCUAUGUAAUAUGAAUUUAGAAAAACAUCCAAUUCGCACAUAA